AUGUGUUUGGUAGCAAAAGCAUGUGAUCUAGAUCUAAUCACAACGGUACAAUUUGACACUCUCUCUUCUCCUAGAGUGUUCAACACUCAUCUUCCUCUCUCGCUUUUACCGGAAACUGUCAAGACCUCAGGAUGCAGAGUCAUUUACAUAGCUCAUCACCCAGCAGACACGUUCGUCUCUCUCUGGCACCUCCACAAAAACAAGUUCGGGACAGAGAUCUCGAUCCAAGAAGCUUUCGAUGAGUUCUGCAACGGGCUCGUCCCGGAAGGUCCUUACUUCGAACACGUCCUUGAGUUCUGGGAAGCAAGAGACCGUGUGUUGUUCGUCACUUACGAAGAUCUGAAAGCGAACCCAGAAGAAAACGUGAGGAGGAUCGCCGAGUUCUUGGGUUGUAAGACGAUGGUGGAGAAGGUCGUGGAAGAGUGUAGCUUCGAGACUCUGAGGAAUACAAGUAAAGAGAGAGGAGAGGGUUCACUGGAGUGGGACUAA